AUGGAGGUUGCAAGGUCAAAAGAAGGAAUAGUGAUCAACCAAAGGAAAUAUAUCCUUGAUUUACUAUCAGAAACUGGAAUGAAGGGAUGUAAGCCGGCUGAAACACCCAUAGAAGCAAAUCUGAAGCUAAGGAGAAAAGAAUUGGGAAGUCCCGUGAACAAAGAACAAUAUCAAAGGCUAGUAGCUAAACUAAUUUAUUUAUCACUUACUAGACCUGAUAUUGUGUUCCCUGUCAGUAUAGAUUUAAGCUGGGCAAGUGAAUUAACGGAUAGAAGAUCUACAACUGGUUAUUGUUCAUUUGUUUGGGGAAAUCUGGUUACUUGGAGAAGCAAAAAACAGGCGGUGGUGUCUCGAAGUAGUGCAGAAGCAUAA